AUGCACAAUGAUAUUGUAUAAUGCAGCCACACGUGUAGAAUGGUGUGCUUAUUGUUGGGCCUUGGAGGCCCGUUCCGUUCAUUCAUGUAGAAUUGGUGGUUGUGUAGCGGAGCAACCGCAUCACAGUCACAGACACGAAUGGAGAAGAAGAAUCACUGUAAGAGGAAAAGGAAACCCAAACCCAAACCCUCGUCACGUGACCUUCAUCCUCCUCCUCGUGACUCUCAUCCCAAUGCCAUCUUCGCUUUGUUACUCGCAUCGCUCUCUAAACUUCAACAAUCUCACUCUCUUCCUUUCAUUAACAAAUGCUUAUUAGCGAUUCGUCGAUCUUCUCUUCUUCGCUCCCGAAUCUCGGUGAGGCCAAUUCUCGCUUUGCUCCCUACGCUACUAUGCUCCACGCGCUCCCAAAUCGCGUGCCGCGGUGCAGAUUUCAUCGGCGCUGCCUCCCUCGUUUCGCUGGAGGUGAACGAGGAAAUUGCUUCGGAUUCUGAAACCGUCAAGGGAUUAAUUUCUCUGUUUCGGAAUCCGAAGAGGAAGGUUCUGUUAUCUGCUUGCAAUGCUGUUCUGGACUUGGCCACUACCACCUUUGCACAACAACAAUUGAUCAAGUUUUCUGCCUUGAACAAACUAACGUUUGUAUUUCUUCAGAUUUUUAAGGGUUUGAAAUGUGUGUGUUUAUGGUCUGAGGGCAAUGAGAGUCAUCACUCUCUUAAGAUUGGGAUCAAGGAAGAUGAACUCUCGGUGGCUUUUCUCACUGCGACGAUUAUUCUUAUCAAUGCCUGUGAGAUUGAGCAGCUGCAAAAUAUCCCAACAAGGCGUUCUCAUGUGUUCCUGAGCCUUUUGAAAGAGAUACGGGUGAAAGUAAGUGAUCCCGAGGUAGUUGAAAGUGCUAGGAAAUGUAAUGAAGAAGGAGGCCUUUGUAAAAGCAACAUUGCAGUUAGUAAUCUUUCAGAAAGCAUAUUUAGGCUUUCUAUUAAUUCUUCUCAACGUACUGGCUCUUUGGCACUUGAAGUCAUUGAAAGAGGUCUUUUUGGUAGAAGUGAUACUAGUUUUGAAGAUUUUAUAAUGAAUUACUGGGAAGCUUCACCUUUUCUUCUAUCAAGGACAAUGAAGGAUCUAAAUACGUAUGAUAUGUUUAGCCCAUUUGUGCAGUCUUUGAGCUGGAAAGGGAGUGUUCCUUCCCUUCUUUCUUCAAUUCUUCAAGGUUUAAUGUCUUGUUUUCCUAUUGCCUCAGAUGAACAGAACAUCCUCAAUUUUCUGAAUGAGGUGAAAGGCAGACUGGGUUAUCCUAUAAUCUACCAGCAGGAUAUAAGAGUUGUAAAAACAGAUAGCCAGUCAAGAAAAGAGAUGCAUUACUUUCAGGAUUUUCAUUCCGGCUGCAUUAAGGAACCUCUGUAUUUAACUUUUGAUGACGUCUUAAAAUGUGGGCAAGCAUAUGAAGAGGGUUAUACUGUUGCCCUGCGCGGUCUAGAGUUUCGCUAUCAGAGUAUUGCAGCUAUUGCAGAUACAUUAUCACUUAUGUUUGGCCAACCUUCAGUUGGUGCUAAUUUGUACUUAACACCACCUAAUUCUCAGGGCUUGGCUUGUCACUUUGAUGAUCACUGUGUAUUUGUAUGCCAGAUUUUCGGUUCCAAGAAGUGGUCUAUAUAUUCUCGACCCAGUCAGUUGUUACCUCGCUUGUAUGAUAAUUUACUUGGUUCUGACUUUGACUGCACAAAAGCUGAUAGAAGAGAGUUCUUUCUCCAGGAGGGUGAUGUAUUAUAUAUUCCAAGAGGUUUUCCUCAUGAAGCUAAUACAAACUCUGGUGUUGGUGAUGGUUCUCCUGGGUUCUCAUUGCACCUUACACUUAGUAUUGAGGUUGAACCUCCUUUCGAUUUGAUAAACGAGUCAUCCAAUGAGGGAGCAGAACUUCUAUGCAGUUAUAGUAGAAAUGUAGAGGAUCUUCAUCCAUAGCACGGUACACUCUGUUAAUGGUGCAACUGCAUCACUACAAAUGAAAGACUGUACUUCUACUUAAAGUUCAAUAUAUUGUAGCCAUGUUAAACUAUUUGUUAUCGCUGAUGGUUUAAAUAUCUGAUUUUCACUCGUGUGUAUGUCAUUAAACACAGGUGGGGAGGAGUAGCUCAUUUUGCUCUUCACUGCUGGAGUGAAAACAGGAAAAGAACCUGUUAUGAUGGUUUGAAUUCUCUGUCUCAAAAACUUCAUAUCGUGUCUGUGAAUCUGUUACAUGUUGCCAUUGGGAUCAUUAGUAAUUUUGAUCCUAACUUCCGCAAAGCAUGCUUGAGCGCUGCUGAUUAUUUGCCGCCAGGAGUUUAUAAUAGUCUUUUUCAGGGUCAGAGAAGUACUUUUUUCCACUUAAUUGAUAAAAUUCGGACUGAAUCUAGAUUCUUGGAAGUGCUUAGAAGCAUAGAGGUUGCAAUUCAGAAAAAUGAAGAUCCAUUUCAGCAAAUUCGAUGGCUCAGGGUUCUUCAUAGCGAAAAAGAGACCAGCAGUGAAUAUAACACCAUUAAAUCUUUCACGAUUGAAGAUCUACUUUCCUUGCAUGCCCAACACAAGGAUAAAUUAGAAGCUUCUUUUUUGGAUGUGAAGUCCAGGUUUUGUAGUGAGGUGGUAUUUGAAGAAGUUGUAACUAGUCACAGGACGCUGUUUCAGAAGUAUAGAAAGACUAGAAAGCAAUAUAUUAAUGGAAUGGUUUCACUUCAUGAUAAAUUGUAAUACUAUUGUUUUAUUUUUCUUUAAUUUUCAUUGCGUUAGCGACGAAUGGAUGAGAUCAUAUUCACCUAGUGGAAUGGCUGACAUCAAUAUUCAGUAGUGUCUUAGUCGCCAUCACCAGGUUUAGUUUGUUUCUGUAAGUUAUGGCUUACAAAUUAGGUGCGAUGUAUUGAGCAAACUACAUGAGCAAUGAAAAUGUAUAAUGUAAUCAGCUUAAUAUAUAAACAAAACUCUUUCUCU